GUAGACGCCAGAAACAUCGACGGGAGCACCCCGCUGUGCGACGCUUGCGCCUCGGGGAGCAUUGAGUGUGUGAAAGUCCUCCUCUCGCACGGGGCCAAGGUCAACCCGCCAUUGUACAUCGCGUCGCCUCUCCACGAAGCCUGCUUAAAUGGCAGCGCCGAGUGUGUCCGUCUGCUGAUCGAGGUUGGGGCGAACCUGGAGGCCCACGACUGCCAUUUUGGGACGCCGUUGCACGUGGCGUGCGCGGGAGAACACCUCGAUUGCGCGAAGCUAUUGCUCAAUGCAGGAGCCAACGUGAACGCAGCCAAACUUCACGAGACGGCCCUCCAUCACGCCGCCAAAGUGCGAAACGCCGACCUGGCGGAGAUGCUGAUUGAAUUCGGAGGCAACGUUUACGCUCGGGACAACCGAGGCAAAAAACCUUCCGAUUACAGCCAGAGGAACAGCUUAACAGCAAAAUGCUUUGCCUAUUAUGAACGAAAUCCACUGCGGCUAUCUCAGCUUUGUCGUCUCAGCCUACGUCACGCUCUCGGCCAAAAAGCUCUGGAGAAAAUCCCCCACCUCCACAUCCCCACGAAAUUCGUCGAAUUCCUCUCUUACCGUCAAUGAGUGGCCUCCAAGGACCCCAAUCCCAGGACUUUCAGGUGCCCACCCCCCCAAAUUUGGGGAAUUUUGGGUGUGUCUCACCAAAUCAUCACUCUACAAUGUUCAGCUUUUCUCAAGCGACCCUGGUUCGAAACCCAUGUGACUUUUUUCCUCGAUGGAAUGUAAAUAGAAUUUUUAAGACUGCGGCUGGGAGAGAGUUACUGGGUGGUCUCCUUUCCAGCGUGGCUGCCGCAAAGAGAGCAUUGGUGAAAUGCUUUAGCGUCGCCUGGCAAUGGCGUGAUUGUUCACCUCCACGUUGGUGAAUCUAUUCCCACAGUUGUUCCAUAAUCACUGCAGUUAUUAUAUGAGUAACAUCGUUGUUAAGUGAAUCAGGCUUCCCCAUUUGACUUUGCUUGUCAGAAGGUCUCAGAAUAGGUUCACAUGACCCCGGGACACUGCAACCGUCAUAAAUACGAGUCAGCGUCCAAAUUUUGAUCACGUGACUGUAGGGAAAGCUAUAACGGUCGUAAGUGUGAAAAAUAGACAUAAGUCACUUUUUCAGUGCCAUUGUAACUCAGAAUGGGCACUAAACAAGUAAUUGUAAGUCGCGGACUACCUGUUUUAACAUCUGUAAUUCACACAUUUUAAAACCUGCUGGCUGGGGAAUUCUGGGAGUUGAAGUCCACCCAUUUUAAAGCAUGCUAGCUGGGGAAUUCUGGGACUUGAAGUCCACCUGUCUUAAAGCAUGGUGCCUAGGGAAUUCUGGGACUUGAAGUCCAUCUGCCUUUAAAGCAUGCUGGCUGGGGAAUUCUGGGAGUUGAAAUCCAUAUAUCUUAAAGCAUGCUGCCUGGUGAAUUUUGGGAAUUGAAAUUCGUGCACCUACAAUCUGCCAAGAUUGAGAGUCAUUGGUCCAGAGUCUUCUGGUGUAUUUAUGGGUGUUAUGCAUAUGAAGCCAUAAUAAACUUAAUAAAUAUAGUUUUAGGUAUGAAUGA